AUGACUCAUGCUGACCCGAAAGAACCCCUUCCGUCGUCCUCUAGCAGCUCAGGCCACGCCUCUGUUACUGAAGAAAGAGGUACCGACGUUGAUGAAAAAAAGGGCAAUAUACUGGCGACUGUUGAGAAGGCCACAGAAGCCGAUGAAGCGGGCAAUCUGGAUGACGCCGACGAUACAGGCGUGGAAUAUCCCAAAGGCCUCCGGCUGGUUUUGAUCAUCUUCGGACUUGCCAUGGCCGUGUUCUUGGUCUUCCUUGACAUGACACUCAUUGCGACGGCUAUUCCGGCUAUUACGAACCAGUUCAAUUCCCUUCAGCAUGUUGGAUGGUAUGGCUCAGCCUACAUGCUCAGUCUUUGCUCGUUCCAACUGAUCUACGGAAAGUGCUUUGAGCUCUUUUCACUGAAAUGGACCUUUAUGGUGGCCAUCGCAUUCAGAGAGAUCGGCUUGGCAGUCUGUGGAAGCGCACCCAAUUCAAUUGCCUUCAUUGUUGGCCGAGCCAUCACGGGGAUUGGUUGCAGUGGCAUCAUCAUCGGCGCCUGGGUGGUCCUCGCACACAGUGUACCCAUCCGCCAGCGCGCUGUCUACACUGGAUUCCUCGGCGCAUUCUCAGGAGUCGGCGGCAUCAUUGGACCUCUCAUUUCCGGAGCGUUGACCGAUAGUCAUCUCUCCUGGCGGUGGGCCUUCUACGUCAGCAUCCCGCUCGGAGUCGCAACGUUGGCAUUGAUCUUCUUCUGCUUUCGCCCACCGCAACAACCCCAUCAUGAACAUCCCAAGACUCUCAAGCAGAAGCUCAUGGAGUUUGACGUUCUCGGGCUCUCCAUCUUCUUUGCCUGCAUGAUCUGCCUGCUCUUGGCCCUGCAAUGGGGUGGAUCCCAGUUCGCUUGGAACAGCGGACCCAUGAUUGGACUGUUGGUUGCCUUUUGUGUUUUGCUCAUCAGUUUCAUCGGCGUGGAGACGUGGAAGGGAGACAAGGCCGCGUUGCCCCCUCGUUUGAUGAAGAUGCGGAAUGUCGCCUUUGCUUGUUUCUACGCUGCGUGUGUCGAUGCAGCUUACUACACCGCUGACAUCUGGCUACCAAUCUGGUUCCAGGCCAUUAAGGGGGAUUCUGCCAGACAGUCUGGCAUCAAGCUCGUUCCCUAUGUUGGUGGAGAAGUUCUUGCCGCUCUAACCGCCGGCUACCUUGUCACUUUCACAGGGUGGUACAACCCUUUCAUGCUUAUAGCGACCGUCCUGGGAUCUGUAGGUCUUGGCUUGAUGACAACCUUUGAGAUCGACACCGGCCCGAACAAAUGGGUCACUUUUCCCGUUAUCGCCGGUGUCGGAAUUGGUUUGGGAUCUCAACAGCCGAUGAUGGGUGUUCAAUCAACACUCACUCUUUCCGACAUACCUGCUGGCACAGCUGCUGUCACCUUAUUUCAGAACCUUGGACCGGCUAUCCUGAUGUCUGUCGCGAACACCGUCUUCGCCAAUGGUUUGACGAAACAUCUGCAUGGCACAGGAGGGCUCGAUGGACAAACGGUUGCGGAUAUGGGGGCUACCAAUCUCAAGGAGAUGAUUCCCCAGGAUCUACUUCCAGUCGUCAUUGAAGCAUAUAAUAAGGCUCUCAAAGAGGCUUUCAUGGUUCCAAUGGCUGCUGCGGUUAUCUCCAUCAUCGGAGUUGUAGGCAUGAAGUGGGAAAAGCUGCCUGCGUAG